GUCUUGCAAAGAAAGAAGAAGAGUUUCAUUCAAAGGGUUCGUACUGAGAGACGGCUUCCCCUUAUUCGUACGACCCUUCAUUUUCUUCCAUCUUACCCACUGCCUGCCAUGAGAGUAUCAUUCAAGAAAUCGUCACCGCUCAUACCCAUCGAUGGGUUUUUGAUUCUAGGGAGAUAAAGCGAACAAGGCGUAGGUGGGUAGACCUCCAAAUUAGAACCCCAGAGGUCAGGUAACUUCCUUUCCCUUGUAUAUUUUAGUUGUCUACUCCUGCUGUGAUCCUUACAGUCAAUCGACGUUUAUUAACGAUCGGUGAUGUUAUAAUAGGUUUUGAGAUUUUUAGUGUUGCUUAUUUUGAAGCUUUGUAUUAUUGAACUGUUUGUAUCUGGGAAACCCCUCUCUAAUUCCGACCUUUUAUUCCCCUGUUUUGGUAAUUUCCGGCUGCCGCCUGAGCUAGGGGAACUCCGGAAAUAUCUUUUGAAUUGAAAGAAGAACAAUCCCAAUUAGUUUCUGGUUCCCUAUUUAGUUUUGGUCAAUUUCAUGGCGCUUUGGAAUUUAUUUGUUUUGUCUUUCGCGUACUGAACAAUUCAACUCUUUGAAAGGUGUAAAGUGGACUUUCUUCCUUAUAUUCUAGUUAACUCCACUCCUCUGGAUCAACGUGAGCCACCGCGUCUUGAGGCUUGUUACGUCAAUUAGGUUGUUGGCUGGGAAACGUCGAGUUCUCUUAUCACCAAAAUCCCAGAUUGUCUGAUAUUUCAAUUGCUCUGUUAUUUGCAGAGAUUGGUCUGUAGGAGGGAUUUAUCGAUCUGGUGAGGGUCUGUUAUUGGCAAGUAUAGAAGCAGCUUGGGAGGGCUUGGCCAAAAUCGGAUAUGGCAACACAAGGACAGGUGGCAAUGGACCCUGCAGUGCUAGACGAUUUAAUUAAACGUCUCACAGAGGUCCGAUCAGCCAGACCUGGCAAGCGGGUCCAGCUCUCCGAGGCUGAGAUUAAGCAGCUCUGUCUCGCCUCCCGCGAGGUCUUCCUUCAGCAGCCCAAUUUGCUCGAGCUAGAGGCCCCCAUCAAGAUUUGCGGUGACAUUCAUGGGCAAUACAGUGAUUUGUUGAGGCUUUUCGAGUAUGGUGGUUUUCCACCUGAGGCCAACUAUUUAUUCUUGGGAGACUAUGUUGAUCGUGGCAAGCAGAGCUUGGAGACUAUAUGCCUCUUGCUUGCCUACAAGAUUAAAUUCCCGGAGAACUUUUUCCUCCUAAGAGGAAAUCAUGAAUGUGCUUCUAUAAAUCGCAUUUAUGGAUUCUAUGAUGAAUGCAAGAGGCGGUUCAAUGUGCGGCUUUGGAAAUCGUUCACCGACUCUUUUAAUUGCCUUCCUGUCGCAGCUCUCAUAGAUGACAAAAUAUUAUGCAUGCAUGGUGGUCUUUCCCCGGAUUUGACACAUUUAGAUCAAAUCAGAAACUUGCCUCGCCCAACUGCUCUUCCAGACACUGGUUUGCUGUGUGAUUUGUUAUGGUCAGAUCCUGGUAGAGAUGUUAAAGGGUGGGGAAUGAAUGAUCGUGGAGUUUCAUAUACCUUCGGCCCUGAUAAGGUAUCUGAGUUCUUGAACAAGCACGAUUUGGACCUUGUCUGCCGUGCACAUCAGGUUGUGGAGGAUGGAUAUGAGUUUUUUGCUGAUAGGCAACUUGUGACCAUAUUCUCAGCUCCCAAUUAUUGUGGCGAAUUCGAUAAUGCUGGUGCUAUGAUGAGUGUCGAUGAGGACCUGAUGUGCUCCUUUCAGAUUUUGAAACCUGCAGAAAAAAAUGCAAAUGCUAAGUUCAUGAUGUCAAACAAAAUGUGACGGUGGGCUGAAACUUGAACCACGUAAUCCUGAGUUGAGGUCAGCUAUACACUCUAAUCUAUUCCAUUAGUUUCAUCUAAUUAUUUAUAUAUUGUCCUUGUUUACCGUUGAGUCGUGGCGUUCUUUCCUUUUUGCACUGAUAUAUGCGGUUUGUUUCCCGUGUGCCUACAAGUGGUGAUAGUUGUAUUCCCCUGUCUGGUACAUUCAUGGAAUUGCUUAUAAUUUAUUUUAUUUGCACUCCAUGCUAUUUUUCAAUUCGAAUGGAAAUAUGGAGAUUUUGAAUAACUGUUUUCUUAUGUUCUCUUCAACAUAUAUAUAUUACUAUUAAAUGGGUUGAUUUCAGAACUCUUACUUGGAAGAUGUGAUUAUCCCCUUUCUUUUCGUUUCAAUUGUGGUUUAUUCCGUGUUCUACUCAUCAGUAUGACGAAGACAACGGUGUGGACUGUUUAUAUCCCAAUUUAGAGCACAUUGAUAGAAUAAUUUGGUCUAAGAGUCACUUUUUCAGAAAUGGAGCAGAUUUCCCUGAUCAGUCUCGAGACACACCAAACCAGAAACUUGUUUGGGCCUGCCACACUUAGUAGGUGAUGUUAUGAGUGUAGGAUGCCAAUGCAGACCGUGUACUAACAUAUUUGUAAAGGACUUAAUCGCGUAUUUGUCCCAUUCCAUUCUGAGCUCAUCCAACUGACAACUUCACAAACAGUGUGUGCACCAUUAGGUAGCAACUUAGCGUUGAAGUGAGUUGGUUGUUUACAUGAGUUGACGAGAUUCAGUUGGUAUUUGUUUCCCUAACUGGCUGUCAUGCAUCUUCUGUAACACCGAAUCCAACACUAACAAUGUCCCUGGAAAACACUAGUAUGCACUUCUCUAGAGCAGUCAAGGUGCCCGUCAGUGCGCCUUUGGGUUUCAUGCGAGAACUUGUUACUGCUUCCUCAGCAGCCUUGCCUUAUUUCUCAAUGUCUCAACUUUGCAGGGUGGGGGUACCAGUUGAAAUUUAAAUGGGCUGUACGUACUACGGAUCGGUCCCAACCAGACCAAUGCAGCUGUGUGGGUAGGAGCAGUCCUUUUAGACUCUCUCUCUCGUCUUUCUUCUUGGCAGUGUUAUAUUACUCGACGAUGCAUCUGUACAUAUUUCUCUCCGGGCCGAAAUUGAAAUCGAUAUUUUUUGCUGUACACGAGGGGUUAUGUCUGCUGUCCCAGGCUGGGCACCUAUGAAGUUGUCUAAUUUCUGAUAAUUUGCAUUUAGAACUUGUGACUUUUGUGUUGUUUCUACGCUGGUUGGCGUUUGGCAACUUAUCUUGUCCAGCACAAGGAUGGAUAUUUGUUGAGCUAGCAGUAAACUGUUUUAUUGCAGUCGCCCUCUAGCAGCUUCUCACUUGCGUAGGUAACCCCGACGGGCGCUAUUCCGAUCUGUUUUCUAAGUUUGUUUUCCGAUUAGCGUUAUUGUAGUAAAACAUGGCAUUGUUUUCUAGUGCCCACAAGUGUCAAGUGGUAUCAAUCUUGAGUGGGGAUGGUUUUGUUGCUUUUCAAUUGGUGGACUAAAACAAGUGGACUUUC